GAUUUAGAUUUACUUUUAAGAGCUAGAAUUAUGCAAAACGAUCAUUCCGUGGAGCAACCAAAUAAAUUCAUUGGUUAUGAAGGAUCCAUUUUCGCUGUAGCAAAAACAAAUGUGAUAAAAGAAAUGAUGAUAGUAAAGGCGCCAAUUCGGUCAAUCAUAGAAGUAUGGUUUUCUACUGUAUGGACGAUAGAAACUUUAAAGCAUUUUGAGAAUGCUGUCAAUAUCGUCUUACAAUAUGAAAAUGCUCCAAAUAAUAAACCACCUAAUCCCACAAAAAAAGAGAUUCAUCCAAAAGUUAGGUCAUUGAUUUCUCAUUGGAAAAAGUCUAUUGUAACACCAAAAUCUCGACAAGAAGCUCAUAAACUCUGGGUAAAAACUUUUAAUUCGGAAAAUGCUACACUUACUAUUAUAGCUAACCUUAUUGAACCACGAGAUCGUGUUCAAGCCGUACGACAUAUCCUUACUGGAGAGUUUCCACUUAUGGAUGAUCAACAAGAGAAAAAUUUAUUCGCAAGCAUUACAAUGUUUAAUUGUAAUGAUGGAAUUUCCCCACAUUCAGCAAGUGAAUUUAUGUUUCAAAUGAUGCCAAUGGAUGCCAUUUUACCCCAAAAUAAACGUAAAGAGACUCCCUUCUUGAAUGCAAUUUACAAUUUCCUUGAAGACGCAAUCACAAAAAUUUUUACUUGGUUAUCACCGCCUGUGGGAAAAACUGAAGCAAUAGAAAUUUAUUUGCAUUAUCAAACAGUCAACAAUGAUAAUUCUGAAUUACUAGCCUCGAUUCGUCAAUUAGAUCCAUGGACAAU